GACUAGAUCACGUGCUGCGAGUUUCCAUCGGCAAAUGGCGGCUUACAAACAUGAGCCUCUCCACAUGUUUGUAAAAUUACUAAUUUCCAUUAAAUGUUUGCAGUAUUCUUUACCAUAGUAGUGAUUGAGUAUUAGUUCACGUUAAAUUUCAAUCAUUUUCCAUCACCUUACAACAUGUCAAACGAAAAUAACCGCGAAAACAUGGACAGCCAACAACCGGAAAACACAACGACUUUACCCACCCAGAAAAGUGAAAAUCCAGGAAUUAACAGAGAAAAUCAGGAUCCAAAUGUUUGUGAAGCAAAUGCCACUGAAAAGGUCCCCCAACCGAACACCAGUGAGGUGAACGAAGGCGUAGCAAUAAAAACUGGCGAAUCGGAGUCACUUAAUAGCCUUUUAGUGUAUGAUAGUGAUUCCAGUUCAUCCUCGGAAAUGGAGAAACUUAACCUCAAUUGGCAGGUUAGGGAAGGUUCCGGAGACUCCUCGACGUCAUCUUCGUCGUCUUCGUCUUCAUCGAGCGAAGACGACGAUGACGAUGACGAUGAUAGUGAUUCAACUAGUGAAGACGAGGAGGAAACAAGCCCCACGGAAUCUGAUCCGUCCCAAAAUCGAGGAGCCAUUCGAAAGAAUAACGCCGUUCAAAAAACAGAUGGGGACUUAUCGAUAGAACAGUUACCGCCUGUUCCUGACCUGUCAAAGCUCAACAUUAGUGUUGAGGAUGAGAACUUUGUGCACAUGGGCAAUGUAUUAGGAAUUGUGGAUAAACUAGUUACAGUAGCAGCCAUACCAAACACUCCAGCAUACGACUUAGAUACUUUACUAUUCCUCGAUAAUGGCAAAAGGCCUCUUGGGUUCGUUUUUGAUGUUUUGGGACAAGUAACAUCUCCCAUCUACGCUGUCCGAUUUAAUUCAACGGAUGACAUAAAAAAUCUACAAAUCCAAAUUGGAAUGAAAGUAUAUUCCGCACCUACAAGCAAACACACACAAUACGUUUUCCUUCAGCAAUUGCUCAAAAUGAAAGGUAGCGACGCGUCGUGGUUUGGGGACAAUGAAGUCCCCUCAGAAUUCGCCGAUUAUUCCGACGAUGAAAAUGAGUGUUUUCAUCGUUUCGGUAAUAAGAAGCUUACCCCUCAUGUUAAACGAACACACAGUAGCGACAGUCAUAAGAAAUUCGAAAGUACCAUGAAUCGUAGAAACCUGCUUAAUACGAAAUUCAACAAGUACAUGGAUUCUUAUAAGCAGGCUCGCUUGAACAAAGCAAAGUCGAAGAGAGCCCAAGCCCCUCACAUUAAUUCGUCUGUACCGGUGUUCGAUCCGUCGGUACCUCCACCCAACCUGGCUCAUCAUAUGACGUUUUAUCAUCAGGCCGGAACUGGCUUGCAGAUGUUUCCAGCUGAGUACGCCGGAAUGGUCUAUAAUCCUGGAAGUGGCAGUGAGAACAAUAAUACUGGGAUGAGUCAGGGUUUCACGCCGAAUUUUUUUAUGAACAAUUUCGUUGCCAACUUGAGUCAAACCAAUUCUGCCAAUUACUUCACAAACCACGCCGGGAAUAACCACCCAGGACCGUCGCACGAAUAGGGCUACUUGUUCUUUAAGUUUCCAUGUAAAUUCAUGCCAUGUACAAGACUGUUGUUGUUUUAUCAUUAUAAUGAACGUUAAUAUCUUAGAAUGUUCAGUCAGUUUAUGUGGGUUUUAAAUUUGGUUUAUGUUCAUCAUCGGUUUUGCGUUGUUUUAGUCUCAGUUUUUCAAAGUUUUCCAUUUACGAGAAUAUUUGUUUAUUAUUAUUUUUUAAUAAACUUUUAAAAGUAA